AACCAAAUGAUAUAAGCGACCCGAAAUGUGCUCCCAAGUUCAAGGUUGAUUAAUCGAUAAUUUUUGACAGCCGAAUGUUUUGACAAGCACCGAUUGGUGUUGAUUAUCGCACACACGUGUUUAAUCAUGUAAACUGCAGGUCAUUAAUUUCAAUCAUGUAAACAGUUGACAAUAGAUUACUGCUGUACAAUAAAGGUGUUGGCGGUGUUAUGGAUUUACAAAAGGAGACCACAAGACAGCUGCAGAUGCUGCUAAGCUUCGAGUCCAGAUGGAUGUUGCUAGACAGGCCUCCAUUAGUAAGAGUGAAGGGGCGGUGAAAUGUGCUCUGGCAAAUGUGUACUUUAUGGCCAAAUCAGAUCUUCCAAGUUCCAUGAUGGAAAAUUUGAACAAUUUUCUGUUGUAUCAGGGUGUAUCUCAGAUUGCUGACCUUAAGAUUGAUGAACACACUAGCUAUGAACAUCACUCCAGUGUCGCUGAAUUUCAGUCAUGUAUAUCAUCCGUGAUAGAAGAUGACAUCAUUGAGAAAGUGAAACUAAGUAAACACUACAGCUUGAUGUUUGACGAAAGUACUGACAUUUCAGUGCACCAAAAUAUAAUUAUGUAUAUCCGUGUAUUAGAAACAAAUGUUCUUGGUGUUGUUGAACCUUGUACAUAUUUUCUAGGUGUUGACAGUCUACAUAGGGCAAAUGCAGAAUCUAUCUAUAUGAAAGUACUUGACAUGCUUAAUAAAAAAGGGAUAGAAUUGUCAAACUUAUGUAGUGUAAGCACUGAUGGGGCAUCAGUUAUGGUAGGAAGCAAGACUGGUGUAGUCACUAGACUGAAAGCUGAUGUACCGGGUGUAAUUGCUACACAUUGCAUAGCUCAUAGGUUAGCGCUGAGUUGUUGUUCAGGGGCAGACUGUAUUCCAUAUAUGGUUAAAGUACAAGAAGUCCUCAAUAGUGUGUAUAAGUAUUUUCACCUCUCCCCAAAGAACAUGGCCAUGCUAGAGAUGUUGCAGAAAGUUAGUAAGGGUCAUAGUUCCAAGUUUAAGGAAGUGUUUCACACACGUUGGCUUAGCUUUGAAGGCUCAGUAGAUGCGUUUAUCAGAAACUUUAGUAGCCUAGUGUCAGUAUUCUUGGAAGAGAAAUCAGGGAAGUCACUCAGUCUGCACAAACCUAUAACAUGCUACAAAUUUCUGUAUGUGGUCCAUUUCUUGGCAGAUGUGUUGAAACCUCUCUCAGUUCUAUCUAAAAUGUAUCAAGAGUCAGACCUAGAUUAUUCAGAGGUGACACCAAAAUUGCAGUCCACCAUCAGUUCUCUUGAGAGAUUGCUGUCCGAGAAGUCAGGCUUGAGACUUAAGGAAUUUACUGACUCUGUUCCUGAGGUUCCACAGGUAGGGGAAGAUGGUUUGUAUACAUUUGAAUAUAAAGGUCACACAAUCAGAGAUGGUGAGAAACAGCGUAGAGAAGCAGGUAGUGUUUGUGAACAGUUUGUAAAUGGUGUCAUUCGUAGUCUGAAUGCAAGGUUCUCUGACAAUGAAGAUGGUGCUGUCUUGACAGCUAUGAGUAAUAUUUUCAACCCACUUGUAGAAGCAGGCUCUAAACCAGGGGAUGUAGACGUAGCAGCAGAGUAUAUGAACCAGAUAGGGUUUGAGAACAGUGGUGAGGAAAUUCAGUUAUUUGUAGAGUUUGUCCAGUCCUUAGUACAAGAGAAAAACAAAUCUAUUAGAACCUCUAAGGAUGUAGCCAAUUUAGCCAUUAGAAAGAAACAGGUAUAUCCUGUUACUGCUGAGUGUGCAAGUAGAUUCUUGGUAGCACCUGUCUCCACAGUAGAUUGUGAGAGAGGGUUUAGCAGGCAGAACUUAAUAAAAACAUGUUUAAGGAGUAAAAUGUCUGUGCAGUCAUUAGAUAGACUACUUAGAAUAUCAAUUGAGGGACCUGAAGUCAAGGACUUCCCAUAUGAUAGAGCCUUUAAGAAAUGGGCAUUGAUGAAAAAUAGAAGAAUUUUGAAAUAAAUGCUGUGAAUCUUGAGUCUGGUAAACCUGAUGAUGUUCCAUAACAAACAAAAACAAGAAUUUUAAUU